AUGCACAACACAUCUUUGGACGUAUGUGCAGGGCAAUCGUAUGUGGAGCUAAUGGCUGAAGUGUCGGGAGACCUCGGAGCUCAAGGUGGCAAAGGAUGUGCAGGGAUGGUAUCGGGCACAACAUUGUCAGAACUAUUGGUAGCAGCCCAGACAGGGCUGGGAAAUGCUGCACCUAUCGCACAGGCUGGAUACUAUGAGACCCAGCACACCUUGUUAACCAUCACUGGUGGGCAACAGUUGUAUACUGCAGACCCUAUGCAGCCUGGGCCACCACUGCCCCAGUUUGCAGGUGGGCCGCAGGUGGCCCAGCUGCAGCCCAUAUUCACCACCACUAGUGGCCCAGCCGCAGCCUGUGUUCACCACCACUAUAGGCAGCAACUCCACUCUCCCAUGGCUACUUUGGGCUUGCGCCUGCUGUGCAGUGUGUAG